GUGAGAGAAAGAGGCCAGUCAGGGAAAAGUCGGGGAAAAAUAAAAAAGGCGAGGAUCAUUGCAAGCUCUCAAAAGCAGGAGAGACAUACAACAACGUCAAAUACGUUAUCUGGGCGGGCCUCUGCACUCGAAGUAAUCAGAAGUUAUACCGGAGAAUAUCUGACAAUUUCUAUAGCUCUGCGUCUGAGGACCAGUGUUUUCGGCUUUCGUCCGUCGUGUGCUUGCAUCUCCAUCGUAUGGAAUACAGCUAUAAAACAGAAAAGUAGUACUUUCAGCACUCGGUGCAAGGACAGCUCCGCACACACCGCAGACUGGCUUGUAAAUGUGUACGACGGACGUUCUUAUGGAACAGCUCUGACCAGCGUUCAUCAGAAAUUCAUUUUCAUUUUUAUUGAAGAAGAAGAAGAAGAAGAGGAAGAAGAAUAAGAGACAUACCGUUGAGAAAGCCGCGAUCGUACUUUCUUCUCGACAUGUACCAGGGGCAUUCGCAGGGGAAAGACUCUAGGGCUGCAGAUAAGACUGUUGCCAUGGUGCUGAAGGAGAUUCCCAGUAAAGCGUCUUCUGAAGGAAACCCCCUCCUCACCGUGACAACCAAGCUGGUGAGUGAGCAGCAAGAAAGUCGCCCCCUCCUGAGCCCUUCCAUCGAUGACUUCCUGUCAGAAAGCAGGUGUGAUGCCACCGCCCACCCAGUGACCUCCAACACAGCAGUUUUGUCCACAGCCCUGGAUUUGGUGGAUCUCAGUGAGCCAAGCGAGAAGAGGAAAAGCAAGGGUAAAAAGAGUCCACUGAUGUCCCGAGGGGAGAGCCCGAAGUGCGCACACCACAAGAACAAAUCAGAGGAGACGGAUCGAGUCCAGGUGGACGUCAAGCAUGCCACUCCCAACUUGCAGCCCCUCCAGAUAUCAGUGGAUACAACCAGUAUCCCUACCUCCUUGGAGAAAUGGGAAGAAUUGAACCUUCAUCCCGAGAGAAGUGGCAGCAGGAAGUGGAAGUGGGAGAGAAAGUGUUCCUCAAAACAUUCUUCUAGCGAAUUCCUCUGGUCCACAGAGUACAAGUCUGAUUCAGUCUCAAAAAACUCUUUGGAAGUCAUUACACAUGAAGAAGUGGAAACCAGUCCUGUGUCUCAGUGUCACAUGACAAAGGAGCAAAGGUGGCGGGGUCCCUUCCUAUCCCGAAACCACUCCUUGGAGGAGGAGUUUGAGCGAGCUAAGGCAGCAGUUGAGUCCGAUACUGAAUUUUGGGAUAAAAUGCAGUCUGAGUGGGAGGAGCUUGCAAAAAGAAACUGGCUUGAAGACAUGGAGGCGGAAGGCCAGAAUCUACCCAACAUCUCGCCACAUGAGAAGGGUUACUAUUUUCACACGGAAAAUCCAUAUAAAGACUGGCCCAAUGCCUUUGAAGAGGGGCAACAGAAAUCCCGAGAGGGGGAUCUACUAAAUGCUGUCCUGCUGCUGGAGGCGGCUGUCCUGCAGGACCCACAAGAUUCUGAGGCCUGGUUAGUGCUGGGGACCACACAAGCGGAGAAUGAGAAUGAACAAGCAGCCAUUGUGUCUCUCCAGCGGUGUCUGGAGCUCAAUCCAAAUAACCUGCAGGCUCUAAUGGCUCUGGCCGUGAGCCUGACCAAUAUAGGCAUGCAGCAGAGCGCUUGUGAAGCCCUGCAUUCCUGGAUCCAACAUAACCCCUGUUACAAGCACCUGCUCAAGACCAACAACCAACUAAGCAGCUCACCCACAAACCAACAAAGGAUGCCCCAUACCUCUGCCCAGGGAAGCUCCCUUUUGGUGGAGGUGAAAGAAGUAUUCCUAGAGGCUGCUCAGCUGAACCCAGAUGUAAUCGAUCCUGACCUGCAGACAGGCCUUGGUGUGCUUUUCAACCUCAGCUCUGAGUUCAACAAAGCUGUGGAAGCCUUUAAUGCAGCCCUUUCCGUGCGACCAGAGGACUACCUGCUGUGGAACCGCCUCGGGGCGACACUGGCGAAUGGGGAUCGCAGCGAGGAGGCGGUGGAGGCCUACACCAAGGCACUGGAGUUGCAGCCCGGCUUCAUCAGGUCCCGCUACAACCUGGGCAUCAGCUGCAUCAACCUGGGCGCUCACAGGGAGGCAGUGAGCAACUUCCUGACAGCCCUGAACCAACAGAGAAGGAGCAGGAGUCACCAGGUCAUGUCCAGCAACAUCUGGGCAGCCCUGAGGAUUGCACUCUCCAUGAUAGACCGACCGGAACUCUUCCAGGCUGCCAACAUUGGGGACUUGGACCUACUCAUGAAGGCCUUCAAUGUGGACAUAUGACCUUGAGCGCCUGUCACAUGUAAUAAGCCAGGAAUCCAAAGUUGUGUACAUAUUCAAAGAAAUCUAACUGCCUUUUCCCCUUUCCUUUACAUGGUACAGAAGUAGCCAUUUUGAAAAGCACAUUUGCAAGCAUAGGUUGAGUGCUUGAAGACACUAUUGCAAUGUUUUUGCACUGCGAUUAGGGACUUCCCUGAAGAGCAUAAGGAUUUAUGAAGAUAGUACAAGUAUGCCUUACAGCGUUCCACCUAAAUGGUUGUGUACAAAUUCAGUGGAAUGUAGAAAACUGAGGCUAAUGCCGCUAAGGCCCACAUGGGCUUCCCAGGUCAUAUAUUUCAUGAUGGUCAGAGUGGUCCAGACACUGAAUCGAUUGAAUGCAAAGCUCAGCUUCUGUGCAGCAACAGAUUACCUGUUUCAAUUCAUGGGAAUUUUCUUUGGAGAUUAUUGUAUUCAUUGACUUUAUAUUACUGUUUCUCUUCAAUAAGUUAUGAAGGAAAAUAGACUGCAUGGAAACUAUUUCCAAAUGAUAAUUCAAUGAAUCAUCUCAUUCUACCUUCCAGGGAUCUACAAGCAGAAAGCCUUACUUAAAAUGCAUGCCAAUCAUUCAGAUUUUCCUUUUUUACAAGCUACGCUAAACACUGAACAUGAGACCCCUCUGGCACAUUUAAUUUAAUACUGAAAGCCAUGUCCACCUUUACACGUGACUGCUCCUACGUAAGUCUCUACAAGAGUGUUCUCAAUGUUCAAUAAUGACUCAGGUUUUUUAUUUAUGAAUUUAUUUUUAUUUUGGUUGCUCUCCCUCUGUAACCCACUUAAGGCCAGUUUAUAGUCUAGCAACAGUGUCGCUCAAAUUAAUUAGUGGAAUAUUCAUGAAUGUUCUAUCGUCGCCCUACAUUGACAGAGGCUGUUGUCGUUGGUAAAAAGUAUAAACACACUACAGCAACAUUCCAGCAACAGCUGACACUGAGAGGAUAAUGGAGGAAGAAGCAGCUUUAAUACAUGUGAUUAUGUCUGUUGCUCCUCAAAAGGAGAAAGCAUACACUGAAGGCAUAUUUUUGUGAUAUAGCCUAAGUACAAGGGAGCAUUCGGAGGAGUACAAUUCUCUAGUUAGAGAAUGCUUGAGGUUCAAAGAUGUGGAUUUCACCAGAAUGCCACUGAGCUUAUUUGAUCAGAUUAUGUCACUUGUUGUAACAAAUCUGCAACACAGGCUAACUCACAAGCCAAUAUCGCCCACUGAAAGAUUAACCUUAACCCUAUACGAUAAUGUACGUAGGCUACUGUUAAUAACAUUGGAUUUGUUAAUAACAUAAGUUGCUGUUAAAGCAAAUAACUUCAGUACAUUCACAGGAGUAGCCUACGUAAACGCUUGCUAUCUAGAUUGCUCACCACAAAUGUGUCAUUGUAACUAGCCUAUUCACAACACCAAAUAUUAACAUUGGUAAUUUGUACUGUAACAUGGCUGCAGCUGCUUCCUGUGUUGGAUUGUAGCCGAGCAUCUCAUUAUCAACAGUCUAGCUAAGCAAUCAUUGAAAUUACAUUGUUAUCAAUAAUAAUUGUAAAUUGUGCCGAUUUGUAAUGCUAUUCACAUGCUUGCUAGGCAGGACAGUUAUCUAACCUGAUAGUCUGCUAAGGGGCUGCCUUACAUUAUACAAGUUGCGAGCUCCUGAUUUUUCUAAUUGGGAUUCAACUGGUUUACGGGCCCAUUGUUUUUUUAGAUGUCAAAAAAAUUUGGGGACAGUCGGCUUGAAUUCAUCAGGUGUGAGUGGUCAUGCGAGCCGAUUCUGUGUUUCAAUUCCUGUUGACCAAUCAGGAGGUUGCUCUGUGUAUGAGGUUUUGCCCACUCUGUUUUGCCAACUGUAACGUCAUCUGAUCUGGUCGGGAGCUCGUAUAGUCUAUUCAAUCAUCUGACCGGUUGUCACAAUCGGAACCUUGUUAAGUGUGAGAGGGUAUCUGAUCUCACAAUGUUGUAACCCGUGAGAAAAUCGUAUAAUGAACACCUGCCCUAACUUGUUACCCAAACAAGAUGUUCAAAAUAGCUAACAUUACUUUGUAAAGACGUGCUUAAUCAAUAACAAUCUGUGACCAGGCGUUCUCUUUCUUAAAAUAAUCCUUGUGUACAGUGCAGUCAUAGGCUAUGCAUAUAGACCACAUGGGUAGGCUACCCCAUGACCGCUCUUAGACAUUUUUUUCACAAUAGUCUGUCAGCAUCCAGUGUAUUAGUUAGCUAAUGUGCUAGCUAGCCCCAGAGGCAACAAAGGGGUCAGAGUUCAAUGUGUUUUCUGUCUGGGCAACAUUCUCAGUGACCUUCGCAGCAACCUAAGGGCGACAGUCGCCCAAAGUAUAAACCAAAUGUUGCUAAAACCAGUGACAUCCAUCAUAUGUCGUCGGUCGCAGCAACACUGUCGCUGGACUACAAACUGGCCUUUAAUAUAUGCAGUAUUGCACUUAAAAACUUCCGUAAAGGGAACCUCCACUGGGGAAAAAAGCAAGCUUAAAAUGCAAGGUAAUUAAGAAUAUCUUUAAUUUGGUUUCCAGAUCAAACCUAACUUUUUGAUAUUUGCAUUUUAAAAAGCUGACAUCUUUGUUUACAAAUACAGUGAAUAAAUGCCCUUUGGAAUCUUAGUCUCACUCUGGGAUCUCUCCUUUGGUUCUUUGUAUCUAGGGCUGUAUUGCUAACAGUCACUGAUUUGCAUGAGCAUAUUCAUAUUUGUAUCACAUGAAGGGCAUAUCUAAGUAGUGCCCUGCAUCAGUAGUUCUUUCUUUAAAAGAAAGAUGAAGCUGGUAGUAAACAUUCCAUUAGAUGUGUUGGCUUAUGUAAUAAUUCUCACUGAGUUCAUAAUCCAUUGGAGGCUCCCAAUAAAUACCUAGUCCUCGGUAUUUGUUUAAAAAAAGAAUAAUAAUAAUUCUGGUUUAUUAACCAAUAACUGGUUUAUUUUUGUUCAGUUAAAUAAAUCUCUUAAUUCUGUGUUUUUCAAAGCUCACUUAAAGCACACAACCAAUGUGGAAUAAAUUCCAAGAAAGUUACUCAGAAAGUGGCAGUUUUAAAACAUAAAGGUGAAAUAUAUUCUGUGAAAGACCAUAGACCGUCUGCAGUCUGUUGAGUGAACAGUGAGCAUUUUAAAUAUUCAACCCUCAUGAAUGAUGUAGAACAUACCUCUCUGUAUGCUUAAAAACGUAAAGUAAUUAUUUACAGGAACUAGCACACCUUUAAAUUGGCUCAACAGCCCUGAGGAUAUGGAUAUAAUUAACACAAACUCCCCAGUUCUCAGUGACAGUUCACUGCUGUAAAACAGUGCCACUGGAAGAGCUCUGGCACAAAGUCAGUGUGAAAUCACCCUGGGACACCCUGCUGUUACAAUGAAAUGACCAAUGCAACAUUCACAUACUUUUCUUUUUUAGCACAAAUGAUGUUGGCAAUUAGUUUAUUCUAGUCAAAUGUAAUAAAUGUCUUUUAUUUUUUUCCUAUUUUAGACAAAAGACCAAAAGCACAGUUUUUAUUAUUAAGUAAUUAAUAAAUUUAUUUAUUAAUUAAUUAAUUAAUUUAUUUAUUUAUUUAUGUUAAAAAAAAAAAAAAAAAAACAUUUUCUGCAGCCCUUAUACUAGGUUUUAAACACCAGAGAAGUCAUGAUUCUUUGACUUCAGUGUUUCUUGUACUCUGGGGCCGAUCCUGAAUACUUAAUAAUUCAUAACAGACACUACAUUCAUGAAGACAUGGACCUAAAGGUGUUAGCCGGUAGCAAAUAUGUGAUUAUUAUUUGUUUUUAUUUAUUCUAAACAGUAUAAAUGAAAAAAAAAAUCUCCCUUACAAGUUUAUCAGCCUAUUCAUGUAUUAACAAAAAUAAAGCACACCUAAUAUUCAUUCAUAUACUGUUUAAAAACAGUGUAAUAAAGCACAUAUGUCUGACUGCAUUGGUUUGGAUAUUGGUGGUGCUCGCUGGUCAACAAUGUUUGUAUACUGGAACCUAAAUCAUAUUCAGCCACUGAGGUCAGAAAGUGUGAAUAUGGUUUGUGGAUUAAUUUACAAAUCAGUGACUUAUAUGUAUGCAUUCCACUUAUAUUGUAAGUCAAAUGUAUGUAAAAAAUGAUACCAAAAAGGUGAUUUUUCUUCCUCUUGAAUAACAGCCAUCUUGAAAAGUUUCCACUUGACUUGUGUUUAGGACACCUCCGAAUAGCUGCACGCAGAAUGUUUAUAAACUGCAGCCUUUCUGUGCAGAUCUACGGGAUGUUAGAUCGCUAUGAACUAUGGGUAUAGCAACUGGAAUGUGACCAGUGGAAGCCAGACUGAUGCUCUAGCAUCGGCUAUCAUAAAGCUAUUUGUAACAAAACAUAAUGGAUUAUAAAAAAUAUCUUUAUAUACCACGUGAAACUGUUAAAAAUAUAAUGAAGUGGAUCGUGUUAUAUAAGAUAAUUUUAUGAUAGGUUAAAUCAGGUUAUACUUUUAUGUCAUAGCCAAAAUAAUUUAUUGUGAACAGCAACAAGGUAAUGCCAUCACAGAUGCAGCCAAGUAAAGAGGUUUCUUUCAACACAUAUUUAAAUGAGUGUUUUUCUAUAUCUGAAAAAAAAAAAAAAAUCUAAAUCAGGUUCAGAAUAAAUGUAAAAAUCAGUUACCUGCCUAUCCUUUGCUCUGAUCAGUAGCUGCCAUGGCACCAGAUACAAGGACAAAAAUUCAUAAUGUGCUACAUUGUACUAAGUCCUUCUGUAAAUUUGUUGUCAAACCGUGUAGAUGUUUACACUGUUAAGAUCAGUGCCACAUCAUGUGUUUCCAUUUCCCUGUAUCAAGCUGAAACCACAGCUUAGUCAAUAUCAAAAUAGGCAGAUAAAACAAGAUUAUAUGUUCAACCAAUUGCAUAUAUAUUCUGUUAGAAUGUACAGGACAUUGUAGAGUAGAAUACAAAGCAAUGAGUUGAUCUGGGAUGUCAAAUUUUUUUAGGAGAAACUUUUUUACCAUCUCAGGUGAAUAAGUUUAAUGCAUGUUUCCUAAUGUUUUUAAAUAAUAACCUGAAAGUGAUGCUGCAUGCACAAACUUUACAUUUAUUUUUGAAAGUCGAUGUAAUUUUGUAUGCACAAGAUUACUAAGCUAACUUUAUUUAAUUUCUACUUGAAUACAAGAAAAAUAUAAUUAAGCAAACAUAUCUCAUAGUACUUUCUGACCUUUAUUUACAAAUAAAAGUAUAUUAUACUUGAAAACAAUUAGAGGAUAAUAGAUUGGUCUUAAUAUACAGUAGUAACUACGUAACAAUAUCAUACACUUAGACUGUAUUAAAUGCAUACUGUUGACAAUAGAGUCACAUUUUACAUAAACAGGCAGUCCCAUACAAUGUACACUGUAAAUACACUAAUUACAGAUCCUCAUAGCUUUAAAGUACCAUAUAUUCUUGAACUAUUAAAUAAUCAUAAUUCUAUUGGAAAAGCAGGAAAUAAUGUAACAAUUGAGCCCUAGUAGUAAUUCUGAAAGCAUGUGUAUAUCUGUGGCAUUACACAGUGCCAAUGUAAAUGCAAUGUAAUUAUACAGUUAUGGGCCAUUUGCAAAGUGGAAUCAAUUUAUAAAGGUUUCAGGCAUCUAUGAAAUAAUUAUUUUAAAAUAAA